CUCUUCUUUUAGGCUCAACUUCUUUGUCUUCUUCCUUAAUUUUUUUAUAUAAUUGGUUUCUUCCUGAUAUCUUUGUCCGUACUAUUUCUUAUGUUUUUUUCUCUAUCUUUUUAUCAACUAUAGUUUCACUCUUCUCCAUUGCUUGGGAGUACUCCAAGGGGAGAAUAAAACAACUACAAAAUGGGGGAGAUUACCAAUGUCAUGGAGUAUGAGGCUAUUGCCAAGGAAAAGUUGCCAAAGAUGGUGUAUGACUACUAUGCAUCUGGAGCAGAGGACCAAUGGACUCUGGCUGAGAACAGAAAUGCCUUUUCAAGAAUUCUGUUUAGGCCCCGCAUUCUUAUUGAUGUAAGCAAGAUUGACUUAAGCACAACCGUGCUCGGCUUCAAGAUCUCAAUGCCUAUCAUGGUUGCACCAACAGCUAUGCAGAAAAUGGCUCAUCCUGAAGGUGAGUAUGCUACUGCAAGAGCAGCAUCAGCAGCAGGAACAAUUAUGACAUUGUCAUCUUGGGCAACUUCAAGUGUAGAGGAGGUUGCUUCAACUGGACCCGGGGUCCGUUUUUUCCAGCUAUAUGUCUAUAAGGACAGAAAAGUUGUUGAGCAGCUAGUGAGAAGAGCCGAAAGGGCAGGUUUCAAGGCUAUAGCCCUUACCGUUGAUACGCCGAGAUUGGGACGUAGAGAAGCUGACAUUAAGAACAGAUUUACUUUGCCACCAUAUUUGACACUGAAGAACUUUGAAGGACUGGACAUUGGCAAGAUGGACAAAGCUGAUGACUCUGGAUUGGCUUCAUAUGUCGCUGGCCAAGUUGAUCGCUCUUUGAGUUGGAAGGAUGUUCAGUGGCUUCAGACAAUUACUUCACUACCAAUCCUGGUAAAGGGUGUACUUACAGCUGAGGAUGCUAGAAUUGCAGUUCAGUCUGGAGCAGCUGGUAUCAUUGUGUCGAACCACGGUGCUCGCCAACUUGACUAUGUCCCUUCCACAAUUAUGGCUCUUGAAGAGGUUGUGAAAGCUGCACAAGGCCGUGUCCCCGUGUUCCUGGAUGGAGGUGUCCGUCGUGGAACUGAUGUCUUUAAAGCUCUGGCACUUGGUGCCUCAGGCGUGUUUAUUGGGCGACCAGUUGUUUUCUCAUUGGCUGCUGAUGGAGAAGCCGGUAUCAGAAAUGUAUUGAAGAUGAUGCGUGAGGAGUUUGAGCUAACCAUGGCAUUAAGUGGCUGCCGUUCACUGAAGGAGAUCACCCGUAACCACGUCGUGGCUGAUUGGGAGGCUCCACGGGCUUCUCUUCCAGCGCCAAGGUUAUAAGCAUAAAACCUUUGGUGUCAAAUUAUUUCAUCAAGGCUAAGUAUUAUUAGUUCCAUAUAAGUUUUGAAUAACUUAUUUAUCUUUCGUUGGAACACUCAUUUCUGUGUGAUGAGUUAUGCAUUUGUUUUGAUGGUGAUGCAUUUGUUUUGAUGGUGUUAAGGUAUUUGUAAUUUUGUAUUAGUUCCACAUGUUCUGAAUAACUUACUCAUCUUUCAUUGCAACACUCAUUUCUGUGUGAUGAGUUUGCAUAUGUUUUGAUGAUGUUAAGAUAUUUAUUCCCAGUAAUGUUAGCUGAUUUUUUUUUUUAUCAAUGGCCAGAGAUUCCUCCAUUA